AUGGAUCACACGAAUUUUGUUGACCUUCUGACCAGUCAACAAGAUAGUGUCAUUCCUCAAUCGUUUCCUUGGGAGAGCUCAUCACAAGUCCCUGUCUUCAGCACUCAAUGUACAGAAACUUCAAGUUUCUGUGAAGAGUCAUCUACACAGCGCAAAGAAAGAAAGAAAUGGACUCCUUCUGAUGAUCUUGUGCUCAUAAGCGCCUGGUUAAACACCAGUAAGGAUCCUGUCGUGAGCAAUGAGCAGAAAGCAGGCACAUUCUGGAACCGCAUUGCAGCCUACUAUGCAGCUAGUCCGAAGGUGGAAAGUGGAGAUAAGCGAGGAGCUCUUCAAUGCAAGCAAAGGUGGCAGAAGAUCAACGAUCUUGUCUGCAAGUUCUGUGGUUCCUAUGCGGCUGCGACAAGACAGAAAACAAGUGGUCAGAGUGAGAGUGAUGUUGUGAAACUCGCACAUGAAAUUUUCUUCAAUGAUCAGAAGAUUAAAUUCAACCUUCACCAUGCUUGGGAGGAGCUCCGCUAUGACCAGAAAUGGUGUGAGCAUGCUAGUAGUAAGCUUGGUGGAAGCGCUAAGAAGAGAAAAUGCGAGGAUGGAGCAGAAACAGAAAGCUCUCAAGCUACUAUCAAUGUCGAUGAUCUACCUACCAAACGGCCUGCUGGUGUUAAGGCUGCGAAAGCAGCUUCUGCAAAGAAACCAAUAGUAGAUAAGGAGGCUGAUGAGAAGUUUGGCAAGUUGUGCUCAAUUAAAGAGAAAGACCUUGUCUUGACAGAGAGAGUUUCCAAAAUGAGACUGCUUGACAGUCUCAUUACAAAAAAAGAACCACUUUCUGAAAAAGAAGAAGCACUGAAGAAGAGUCAAGAGAAGUCACAAGAUUGCAGAGAGAAGUCCCGAGAUGUUUGGUUAAACAUGUCACGGGAAGACACAAUGCCACUAGAGAAGUCACGAGAUUACAGUUGUGAUAUGUCUGUUUGUGGACUUUAUGUUUGUCUUUUAGCCAUUAAUCAUGGUGAUCAAGAAGUCCAAAAAAAAAAGAGAAAAAAACGAGUUCACAUCGAAAGGAACCGUGAAGAAGGCAAUGUACGUUUAUGGGAAGAUUAUUUCAGUGAAACCCCAACAUAUCCUUCUAAUCUAUUCCGACGGCGAUUCAGAAUGAACAAACCAUUGUUCAUGCGUAUUGUUGAUCGACUCUCCAAUGAAGUUGAAUUCUUUCGACAAAAGGAAGAUGCUCUCGGCCGGCUUAGUCUCUCUCCACUUCAAAAGUGUACAGCAGCCAUUCGUGUCUUGGCAUACGGUAACGCCGCUGAUGCUGUUGACGAAUACCUCCGACUCGGUGAAACAACUACUCGUUCAUGUGUGGAACAUUUUGUCGAAGAAAUAAUAAAUUUAUUCGGUGAAGAGUACCUAAGAAGACCAACACCGGCUGAUCUUCAACGUCUACUUGAAGUUGGUGAGUUCCGUGGAUUUCCCGGUAUGAUAGGAAGUAUCGAUUGUAUGCAUUGGGAGUGGAAGAAUUGUCCCACCGCUUGGAAAGGGCAAUAUUCACGUGGUUCCGGAAAACCCACAAUUGUUUUAGAAGCGGUUGCUUCUUUUUGUCUCUGGAUAUGGCAUGCGUUUUUUGGACCGCCAGGUACUUUAAAUGAUAUCAAUGUUCUUGACCGCUCACCUGUUUUUGAUGAUAUAAUACAAGGUCACGCUCCGGCAGUCACUUACUAUGUCAAUGGAAGGGAGUAUCAUUUGGCUUACUAUCUCACCGACGGUAUUUAUCCGAAAUGGGCUACUUUUAUCCAAUCAAUUCGGGAGCCACAAGGGCCGAAAGCGGUUUUAUUUGCUAAACACCAAGAAGCUAUCCGAAAAGAUGUCGAGCGUGCUUUUGGAGUCUUGCAAGCUCGCUUUGCAAUUGUUAAAAACCCGGCACUUUUUUGGGACAAAGGCAAAAUUGGGAAUAUUAUGAGAGCAUGUAUCAUACUCCAUAAUAUGAUAGUGGAAGAUGAACGAGAUGGAUAUACUCUGUCUAAUCUUUCGGAGUUCCAACACGGAGACGACCCCGGAAGUUCACAUGUCGAUCUCGAUUUUCAAACGGAUAUCCCUUCAAAUAUCGCCAAUAUGAUGGGUGCUCGAAACAUCAACUGA